CUUCACCGUCCUCCAUCGUCGCUGCAAUGCUCAGCUAGACAUCGCGCCGCGGGGAAGAUCUACGUGCUCUCAUGAUCUACUUGCCGCUACUCUAAUCCCACAACCUCACGACUUCGGUGCGACGCGAUGGAGGUGCUCGACAAACGCUCCGCGCUGCUCUCCAACUUCGAGGUCCUCACCCUCCUGCGCGAGCUCGAGAGCGACCACCUGGCCCGGACCAAAACGGCCCUCCGCAUAAAGAAGGAGGAAGAAGCGGUAGGGAACCACUCCGCGCGGAUCCAGCCCGCGUCAGACGAAAUCUGCGAGAACCUCAGGACCAUCGAAGUGGAGGCCAUUCAGUACCUGUCAGCGGACUACCAACCCACUGUGUCCCAGACAGAGGCCGGCAUCGUCCAGCUCACGAAAAACCUCUCGUCGUACGACUUGACCAAGGCGGAGAAGCUCCAGAUCAUCAACCUCGCGCCGACGGAGCCUGUAGAGCUCUAUGUUAUUGUCGAGGAGCUAGAAGAUCGCUUAGGUGCCCAAAUGGACGACAUGCUCGAGACUGUCAGGUCUUCGUUGCCAACUACUGCGGGUCCCUUCACCAACGGUGUGUACGAAAACAAGACAGGGAUUGGGGCCGGCACAGCAACGGCCGAAGAGAUCGUCUACACUCAGGACAUGGAGAUGCAAGAAUACGUCGAAGAAGACGGUCAUUGGGAGUACGACGCCAACGAGAUCAUGUUCGACGAUACGGGCGAGGGUGCAGGCGUGGAGGGCGAUCUGGACGUCGAAGACAACUAA